AUGGGUGUUGCAAUUGGAAGACCGGAUUUCACACUUGAUUUGCCACAAGCAGAAAAACUAAUGAAAAAAAUAGCGUCAUCGAAAAGGCGUAGGUGUUGGUGCAGGUUCAUGACCUCGAUAUUAGGUUUGGCAUUUUUCCUUUUAUCCGUUAUGAUGGUGAGUCUCGUCGUGACAAAAGGUAGAAGAAUGUUUGGAGCAUUGUAA